ACCACGUCACGAGACGGAGCUGCAACCACACGCCGCGGCAAUAUCGUACGAUACGUAACUUUGUAGCUACUUUACAACUUUUUGAUAAGCACUACGCUGCGGGGAGAGUCGAUGGGCGAUUGUCGGUGGAUGUGAAGCGAAUGCACAGUGCAUAACACAGUGGCGAGGUGGCAGUGUAGUGGCCAGUGAUGAUGUUUAUGACUACGAGAAGUGCGGCCCAGUGGCAGGCGUAGUGCGCGAGGAGCUCGCCGGACUGCACUCCUCGCAUGUGAGUCGCCACAUGUGUCGGCACCGGGCUCGCAAACUGUUGUCGCCGGCGAGGGCGCGGCCGACAUGUUCGCCAAGAAGGUGCGCCACCACAAGAAGUACAAGGUGCGGUGAGCGGCGCCGCGCGGCAGCACUAGCGCCACCAUGCUAGAGGAAGGCAGCCGCGACCUGGCCAAGCGAGCGUACGCGGAGCCUGCGCCCCCCGCAACCACCGCACCCCCGGCCCGCGACGAGGCGCGCUGCUGCCUCGCGCGGGGCCGCGCUGACGACCGCCUGUUCUGCUGUCGCUGCGCGCACAAGCGUCGCGCCUCGCCGCUCACCUGUCUCGCCAUCUGCUUCCUCGUGCUCACCUACAACCUGCUCGGUGGCUUCUUGUUCCUCGCUAUCGAAGGCAACGUCACCACAGAGGAGACCGCAGUCGCCGCGUCCAAGCCGAACCUCAGUCAAUCGCAAAGUGUCUCCACAGACUUGAGAUCGAAAACGGUGGAGCGCUUGUGGUCCAUCACCGAGGACUUAAACAUUUUGUACAAGGAGAACUGGACCAAGCUGGCGGCUAAGGAGCUGCUGGAGUUCCAGCGCGUGCUGGUGAAGUCAAUGCGAGGAGGUGGCGCUGCGCAUGCGCGGCUCCCGCUCGAGCACGAGCACGACUACCGCUGGACCUUCUCCACCAGCUUCCUGUACGCGCUCACACUCAUCACUACCAUCGGGCACGGCAAUGUGACGCCGAAGUCGGCGGCGGGCAAGCUGGUGGCGGUGGCGUACGCGUGUGUGGGCAUCCCCAUCAUCAUGUUGUACCUGUCCACCAUCGGCGAGGCGCUGGCGCGCACGUUCCGCGUGCUCUACUCCAAGCUGUGCCCGGCGCGCCUCGCCGCCGACUCGUUCCACGCGCGCGCCGACUGUCUCAGCCGCUACGCGCUGCCGCCCGACUGCAAACAGUUCGACUGUGACAAAAAGGACAAGUUUGAGAGACAGAAACGGACGCCAUUUCAAGCCGCCUUGAAUCUAGACAGUUUUAGUGGUGGUUAUCAUUGGACGUGUCGGGACCACACGCGAGUGCCAAUUAUACUUAGUUUAUUACUGAUCGUGUUGUACAUAGCGCUAGGGACCUUCGUAUUCCAUACGACGGAGAGGUGGACCUUGAUAGAUGGGUGUUACUUUUCGUUUGCCAGUCUGGCGACGAUCGGGUUCGGGGACUUGAAGCCCGGCCUGUAUGCGAGUACGAUAUCUGCUAAAGCAGAGGACGUGGCGGUGGGAGUGUGUUGUAUCUACAUCCUGGUGGGCAUCGUGGUGGUGGCCAUGUGCUUCAACUUGAUCCAGGAGGAGCUGGGCGCGGUGGUGCGCGGCUUCACCGCGCUGUGUACGGGCGCGGCCAAGUCGCGCGCCGUGCACAGCGCGGACGCCGUCUGCGAGGACAAGCUGGCCAUGUCACUGGUAUCUUGACACCGCGAGACGGCCGACUCGGGGCCGUCCGUAGCGUUUGCCGGGUGCGAGAAGCGGCAACAAGUGACGUUUAAAAUAGACUCUUUGAAUCCGACAAAGUUCAACAGUCUGCCCCGGCGCAAGUCAUCGCAGUACGGCGAAGAGAGUUUCCAGCGCAACUCUGCGGCGCGUCGCUCGGCCGGCCACGCGGAGCGCUGCGUGGAGUACUUCGUGCCGCGCAGCCUCAGCGAGUUCAACCUGAGCGGCGCGGCCGGGGGCGCGGCUGAGCUGUGCGAGCUGGCGGCGCUGG